CAUCUUACCCAAACGUGCCUAUAUGCACUGUAGCCUAUAUGCACGCCAGACCGGGCGGAGUUAAAGCGACCACUGAGCCACAGGAAAGGAAGGACAGGAGAGGGGGGUUUUUAAAGGCUGAGUUUAUCCGAGUGAUCCUAAGGAGCAAACGGAUCCUGGCGGGCAGGUCAUGCGCACGCAGGGUUUUUUGCGCCAGAUGUGAAAUUCAAGGCGUGUCUGGGAUGCGGAUCGGCCGGGCAGCUCGGCUUUAACCUUGCAUCUCGUUCCCCAGGCGGUGAUGACCGACUGAGUGCUCUGUGCAGGCGGAGGCUGAAAGCGCGCGCUGCGGCGGUGCCAUGGCGGGGGCGGCUCUGGCGGGGCUCUCUGUCAUGCUCGGUGCGGGUUUCCUCGCCUGGGACUGGUCGAGCCAGAACCAGGUGGAGAAUGAACCCGCGGCAGCGAACCCGCGCAGACCACCGCACAUCAUCUUCAUCAUGACCGACGACCUGGGUUUCAACGACGUCGGCUACCACAACCCUGACAUGCGCACACCCACGCUGGAUAAGCUCGCGGCAGACGGAGUGAAACUGGAGAAUUACUACGUGCAGCCGAUCUGUACACCUUCCCGGAGCCAGUUCCUCACCGGCAGGUAUCAAAUCCACACGGGUCUCCAGCAUUCGAUCAUCAGGUCUCGGCAGCCCAACUGUCUGCCUUUUGACAUGGUCACCCUGCCACAGCGCCUCCAGGAGGCCGGCUAUUCUACGCACAUGGUGGGUAAAUGGCAUCUGGGCUUCUACAAGCGUGACUGUCUCCCUACUCGUCGUGGCUUUGAUACCUACCUUGGCUCGCUGACAGGCAGCGUGGACUACUACACAUACGACUCCUGCGAUGGUCCUGGAAGGUGUGGCUACGAUCUCCAUGAGGGUGAAACAGUGGCAUGGGGAUAUCGGGGAAAAUACUCAACACAUCUGUACACACGCAGAGUGCGGAAGAUUCUGGCAUCGCAUGAUCCAUCGGGACAACCUCUGUUCAUAUAUCUGUCCUUCCAGGCUGUACACACUCCCUUACAGUGUCCUAAGGAGUACAUCUAUCCGUAUCAUGGAAUGGGGAAUGUUCAUCGGCGCAAAUAUGCAGGCAUGGUUUCGUCUGUGGAUGAGGCAGUACGCAACGUGACAUAUGCACUCCGGAAAUAUGGUUAUUACCAAAACAGUGUGAUUAUCUUCUCUACGGAUAAUGGGGGCCAGCCUUUAUUUGGAGGAAGUAACUGGCCACUCAGGGGCAGGAAGGGGACAUAUUGGGAGGGUGGUGUACGAGCAGUCGGAUUUGUCCACAGCCCACUUCUCAGGAGACGAAGGAAAGUCAGUAAGGCACUGGUUCACAUCACUGACUGGUACCCAACACUGGUGAGUCUGGCAGGGGGGAAUGUAUCCCAGUUGCACAAACUAGAUGGGUAUGACAUGUGGGAAACAAUCAGCGAGGGCAAGGAGUCCCCCCGUUUCGAAAUUCUCCACAACAUUGACCCACUUUAUGUGCUUUCCCGCCAUGGCUCGCUCCGGGGCGGACACGGCGUCUGGAACACUGCUGUACAGGCAGCGGUGAGAAUGGGAGACUGGAAGCUACUGACAGGAGAGCCAGGUUAUGGAGACUGGACGCCACCGCAGGUGUUAGGAAACUUCCCGGGUGGUUGGUGGGAUCUCGAGCGUCAUGCCGAAGCCCGCAAAUCUCUCUGGCUGUUUAACAUCACAGCAGAUCCCUACGAGCGCUACGACAUGGCUGAACAAAGACCUGAUGUGGUAAAGCGGCUGCUGGCCAGAAUAGCGUUUUAUAAUCGCACAGCUGUGCCUGUUCGCUACCCUGCUGAGGACCCGAGGGCAGAUCCGAGUCUGAACGGAGGGGCAUGGAAGCCUUGGGCCGGGGACAAGGAAGCAGACAGCUGGCACCAAGUUUAUCACAGGAGGAGGAAUGACAAGAAUAAGAAGCUAAACAAAAUGAGGUCAUUUUUCAAGAAACUGAAUACAAAGAUUAUGUCCAAUAGGAUAUGAGUAGUGAAAAAAAUGUGAAUUCUUUCAUAAACGUCUAAAAAACCUUAUACAGAUAAAGGUUUUUAUUUAAGUAUUAUUGUAGUUAAGAGCUCCUCAUGGCCAAUUUUUGUGCCUGUCUGACUGUAUGUUCUUACAUACUCUACCUCUUUAUUUUUUAUACUUGUGUAAUUUGUAAGGUCUGACACUUUUAGAAAAGAGUCCUUCAGCUGUCUCUUUAUGGGAAUUCUUAAAUGUUCUUUGUAGAACCCUGUAACCGUGUUUCCUUAUUAGAAGUGCUUUAAAGCAGUGGCAUUUUACGAGGCUGAGAACCCUUAAUUAUUACACAAAACCCUAAAAUCUCAUCAAGAAGCCUUUUAAAGCAUGUACUUCUCUAAUACAAACUAAAAAAAGGACUGAGGGAUAACUGACUGAUUAAUGUAAUGAAUGAAGGAAUGGAUUUUAGCUGUGGUCUACUCUAGACAAUCACGCAUACACAAUGCUCCUGGAAGCCUUUUGAAACACGCAACACUGUGGAAUUAAAAGAAACGAAACAAAACCAAACUUUGUUUACCUGGACCAGCUGCUUUACCUUUGUUUACAUAUUCUUUUAAAAAUGAAAUAUUUACUGUUAUUAGAACGAUCAACUACUCAACAUACGUCAUAGUAUUUGGGAAAGUGUGUGUUGUGAGUGUUUUGCAUGCAUUAAUGGGAGAUAUUUGUAAUAAAAUAACACAGGCUGUGCUUUCAUGUCAUGUGUACUGUAUUUAGACUGGAGGUAAUCUCCACAAAUACUGCCCUCUAGUGGUCACAUGGUGUUAUAAAUAAACCUGGAUCUGGAGAACUGUAAGAUUUUUUUUACUUAAGUCCAAAU